CCACAUUCGACUUACAACACACUUACACUGUCUCGCACUCAGAUACGUUUCUUGGCUAGGACUGAUAUGCUGGAUGAACGAGCGAGUUGCCCGGCUCGUCUCUUGAGCUAGGUUGCUGCGGUUUGAACCCGGCCGAACUCACCCUGUGUCCAACCCUAUGCGAAAUAAUGCGUCUUUUACAAUGGAGCAAUAAUACCGAGUUCAGCCUCACCAAUGAUCUGGCGGAUGACGAGGCAAUCCCUCCCUAUGCGAUACUCUCACACACAUGGGGGGCGGACACCGAGGAGGUCACCUUCGAAGACCUAACAAACGGCACAGGCGAGGGUAAGCCUGGCUUCAAGAAGAUCCAGUUUUGUGGAGAACAAGCACGGAAGGACGGCUUGCAAUACUUCUGGAUUGACACCUGCUGCAUCAACAAAGCAAACCACGCCGAACUCUCGCAGGCCAUCAACUCUAUGUUUCGGUGGUACUGCAACGCCAGUCGAUGCUAUGUCUAUCUGUCAGAUGUUUCGACGGCUAGGCGGAAAGCAAGUGAUGAACCCUCCGAAUUUCCUUGGGAGCCAGCUUUUCGAGUCAGCAAAUGGUUUACUCGGGGCUGGACGCUCCAAGAGCUUCUUGCCCCAAGUUCGGUCGAGUUCUUCUCCCAAGAACAGAAGAGACUUGGUGAUAAGGGAUCGCUAAGGCGACAGAUUCACGAAAUAACAGGAAUUCCUAAUUCGGCGCUUCAAGGAGCUUGUUUAUCGCAGUUCAGUGUUAACGAGAGAUUAUCGUGGAAAGAAGGCCGGCAUACCAAGCUCGAAGAAGAUGGGGCGUACUCAUUGCUAGGUAUUUUCGGCGUUUAUAUACCCCCUAUCUAUGGCGAAGGGACUAGGGGGGCAUUUAAACGGCUUCUGGACGAGAUUAGCAAGCUGGAGAAAUGCAUAAAAGACUUACGCCUUACCGACCCCAGCGAUGAUAAGAAGCGUAUUGAGGAGACAAAGGGCGGCCUGCUAGCCAACCCGUACCACUGGAUCCUUAAAAAUCCCGACUUUCAACAAUGGCGUGACAACCAGCAGAGCCGACUGUUAUGGAUCAAGGGCGAUCCCGGCAAAGGCAAAACGAUGCUGCUCUGCGGCAUUAUCAACGAGCUGCACAAGUCGAUAGCUAACACGGCUCUUCUGACCUACUUCUUCUGCCAGGCCACUGACUCGCGGAUCAACAACGCCACGGCCGUGCUGCGAGGUCUGCUUUAUUUGCUUGUUAAACAGCAGCCAUUGCUUGUCUCGCAUAUACGGAAGAAGCACGACUACGCGGGCAAAGUCCUCUUCAAGGACGCGAAUGCCUGGGUUGCCUUAUCAGAGGUCUUUACGGAUGUGCUGCGAGACCCGAGCUUGAACACCACAUACUUUAUCAUCGACGCGCUAGAUGAAUGUGUUACCGACUUGCCAAAGCUGCUCGACUUCAUUGCAAAGCAGUCAUCCGCGUCUUCUCGCGUUAAGUGGAUUGUCUCCAGCCGUAACUGGUCGGAUAUUGAGGAACAGCUAGAGCGGGCAGACCAUAAGGUGAGGCUAAGCCUUGAGCUAAACGCCGAGUCCGUGUCAACAGCUGUUAGCAUCUUUAUCAAGCAAAAGGUGUCUCAGCUGGCGCAGCAGAAGAAUUACAGCGAACGGACCCGAGACGCUGUGCUAGAGCAUCUAGCGUCAAAUGCAAAUGACACCUUCCUCUGGGUAGCGCUGGUGUGCCAAACCCUUAAGGCGACGUCGAAACGGAACGUGCUGAAGAAGUUAGGCUCGUUCCCGCCUGGACUAGACUGCCUGUACGAGCGGAUGAUGCAGCAGAUUAGCAAGUCGGAUGAUGCUGAACUCUGCAAGCAAACGCUGGCUUUGAUCACGCUCGUGUACCGCCCAAUCACGCUGGAAGAGCUGGCGGCCCUCGUCGAACAGCUCGAAGACAUAGCUGACGACCCAGAGUCGAUACGUGAGAUCAUCAGCCUUUGUGGCUCAUUCCUCACCCUCCGAGAAGAGACAAUUUACUUUGUGCAUCAGUCGGCCAAGGACUUUCUCCUAGCUAGGGCGGCUGAAGUAGUUUUCCCAUCUGGAAGGAAGGAUGUCCAUUAUACUAUCUUUGUCAGGUCACUCAAAAUACUGUCCAGGACCCUACAGCGGGAUAUGUACGGCUUAGGAGCGUUAGGAUAUCCUGUUAAGGACGUCAAACAGCCAGAUCUAGAUCCCUUAGCAGCAUCGCGCUACUCGUCUAUCUACUGGGUGGAUCAUCUUUAUGACUCAAAUCUUACGUCUUCAGCGAGCUACAACAAUGCGUUGCAUAACGGAGGCAUUGUUGACAUGUUUUUGCAGAAGAAGUUUCUCUACUGGCUGGAAGCUCUUAGUCUGUGCAAGAGCGUGCCGAAGGGUGUUGCUUCAGUAGAGAAACUAUGGUUGUUAAUCCAAAAAAGAGGAGAUGCAAGUGCAAGAGAUGCAAGUGCAUUUACUAAGCUUGUCAAGGACGCGCAUCGAUUUAUUAUGUAUCACAAGGGAGCUAUUGAACAUAGCGCUCUCCAGGCCUAUAUAUCUGCGCUGUUAUUCAGUCCAACAAAGAGUUGUAUAAGAAGACAUUUCCAGCACGAAGAGCCAAAACGGCUCACAAUCAAGCCAGCAAUAAGCGACGGCUGGAGCGCGUGCCUGUCGACGCUCGAGGGCCAUAGCAAUUCGGUCAAGUCAGUUGCCUUCUCUCACGACUCGACCCGGCUGGCGUCGGCAUCGGACGACCGCACUGUUAAGAUCUGGGAUGCGAGCAGCGGCGCCUGCCUGUCAACGCUUGAGGGCCAUAGCAAUUAUUCGGUCAGGUCAGUGGCCUUCUCUCACGACUCAACCCGGCUGGCGUCGGCAUCGAACGACUACACCGUUAAGAUCUGGGAUGCGAGCAGCGGCGCCUGCCUGUCGACGCUCGACGUUGGCAGGGGGCUCGAGAAUAUAUCGUUUGAUACCACCGGUUCGUAUCUUUACACUACAAGUGGGACUAUCAGUAUUAGUGCAACUCGAUUAGUUCCUACACCAAUUGCGACAGACCCUCAGACUCUAGAAUGCGAAGGCCUGGCGUUAAGUUCAGAUAGGACAUGGAUAACACGUGAUUCUAAGAAGCUAGUAUGGCUGCCGUCAGAGUAUCGGCCGUCAUGUUCGGCAGCGUCAGGGAAGAAAAUUGGCAUUGGUGUCGGAACUGGAAGAGUCUGGAUAUGUGAAAGUGUGCUUGAUAUAGAGCGUUUGUGAAGAGUUAACUUAUUAUUCUUAUUUUCUUUUUUAUCUCUAUUUCAUAGAGGGGCCAGGGAUCCAGAAACACGUGUUAAAGUUUUGCUAUAGCGAAGCUUCGAGCAUCUUUCAAUCAGCUAACUUAUAGAAACAAGUGUUGAAGUUUUAUUUAGGAGUAGCCACAGCAGACGACUUAUAU